AUGGCGGAUAUCGUCAAGCAAAUCCUAGCGAAGCCGAUUCAACUGUCUGACCAGGUGGUCAAAGCCGCUGACGAGGCUAGUUCCUUCAAGCAGGAAUGCGGCGAACUCAAGGCCAAGACCGAGAAGCUCGCCGGUCUUCUCCGUCAGGCUGCUCGCGCCAGCUCCGACCUCUACGAGCGACCCACUCGCCGGAUCAUCGAUGACACCGAGCAGAUGCUCGAGAAGGCUCUCUCCCUUGUCCUCAAGUGCCGAGCAAAUGGCCUCAUGAAGCGCGUCUUCACCAUCAUCCCCGCCGCCGCUUUCCGCAAGAUGUCUGCUCAGUUGGAGAACUCAAUCGGCGACGUUUCCUGGCUCCUCCGUGUUUCCGCUCCCGCCGAGGAUCGCGGCGACGCUGGCUACCUUGGUCUUCCACCAAUCGCCGCCAACGAGCCCAUCCUCUGCCUGAUCUGGGAGCAGAUUGCCAUCCUCUACACGGGAUCUCUGGAAGACCGCUCCGAUGCUGCCGCCUCGCUCGUAUCUCUGGCGCGUGACAACGAUCGCUACACGAAGCUUAUCAUCGAGGAGGGAGGUGUGGUGCCUCUCCUUAAACUGCUCAAGGAAGGGAAGCCCGAGGGGCAAGAGAACGCGGCGCGUGCCCUCGGGUUGCUUGGUCGAGACCCGGAGAGCGUGGAAUACAUGAUCCACGGCGGUGCGUGUUCGGUCUUUGGAAAAGUCCUCAAAGAAGGGCCGAUGAAGGUCCAGGCGAUGGUUGCGUGGGCCACGUCGGAGCUUGUUUCGAAUCACCCCAAGUGCCAAGACGUGUUCGCUCAGCACAAUGCGAUUCGGCUUCUCGUCGGCCACUUGGCGUUCGAAACGGUCCAAGAGCACAGCAAGUACAGCCAGUACGCCAUUGCCAACAGCAAAGCCACCUCCAUUCACCACGCGGUCGCUCUCGCCAAGGAGAACCCUAACUCCUCCACCACCGCCACUACCGCCGUGUCCAAGGGCUUGGAGGAGGAUCAGAGCUCCGUUCCACAUCCGACGGGGAAGCAAAUGCCGAAUCAGAUGCACAAUGUGGUGGUCAACACCAUGGCGGUUAGGGCCAACCCUCCGAAGAAGUCGAACAGCAACAGUGUGAGCCAGAAUAACGGAGCUAAGCCCAGUUGCAACCUACAGCAGCACCAGAACUCGACUUCCAAGACUCGAGAGCUUGAAGACUCAGCGACCAAGUGCCAGAUGAAGGCGAUGGCGGCGAGAGCGCUGUGGAAGCUGGCGAAAGGCAACUCCACCAUCUGCAAAAGCAUCACAGAGUCAAGAGCUCUCCUUUGUUUCGCAGUUCUGAUUGAAAAGGGCACCGAAGAGGUGAGAUACAACUCAGCUAUGGCGUUGAUGGAGAUCACGGCCGUCGCAGAGCAGGACGCUGACUUGAGACGCUCCGCAUUCAAGCCCAACUCUCCGGCCUGCAAGGCGGUGGUUGACCAGGUGCUAAGAAUCAUUGAAAUCGCGGAUUCGGAGCUGCUCAUCCCCUGCAUGAGAACCAUAGGGAACCUUGCAAGAACAUUCAGAGCAACCGAGACUCGGAUGAUUGGGCCUCUGGUGAAGCUUCUGGACGAACGAGAGCCCGAUGUGACAGGGGAAGCAGCGGUUGCACUCACCAAGUUCGCCUGCACGGAGAAUUACUUGCACAAAGAUCACUCGAGGAGCAUAAUAGAGGCUGGAGGGGGCAAACAUUUGGUUCAGCUGGCUUAUUUCGGAGAGAGUGGAGUUCAGAUUCCGGCGUUGGAGCUGCUGUGUUACAUAGCACUGAAUGUUCCGGACAGCGAACAGCUUGCCAAGGACGAGGUUCUGGCAGUGUUGGAGUGGGCUUCGAAGCAGUCGUGGGUUACACAGCUGGAGAGCUUAGAAGCUCUGUUGCAGGAGGCUAAGAGCAGACUGGAUCUUUACCAGUCAAGAGGAUCCAGGGGUUUUAACUUCAAUUGA